GGGGUGAGGGCGCGCGGUUCUCACUGGCCUGUUCCCUGCUCGGCCCCGCCCUGCUGAUGCCGGAGGCUGGGAGAGAAGACGGCUUCCUGCUGUGAACAGUCUUGCAGGCUCCGCCGCAGACAAAGGAAUAACGCAGACGGAGGAGGUUAUGAGUUGAGAAGGUGGAAUGUCAGAAGACAGAACCUGGUUCCUCCUCGUACCACUGAUCCAUAGCCAGAUAAUUCCAAUUUAUGCUCCAAGCCUCUUUGAUUAGGUUCCAAGGAGAUAGUGUUUAUUUUCUUAAGGAAAAGGCAAACCAUCAUGGAGACCAAGAGUCAUAAUAAUGCCCAGGAGAGACCCAUGUCCUCCAACAGUAGGCCAACUACUGUGGAAGACAAUCAUUUGUUGAUCAAAGCUGUUAGAAAAGGAGAUGUCAAACUGGUCCAGCAGUUGCUGGAAAGAGGAGCUGAUGUCAAUUUCCAGGAAGAGGAAGGGGGCUGGACACCUCUGCAUAACGCAGUACAAAUUAACAGGGAAGACAUCGUGGACCUGCUGCUGGGUCAUGGUGCUGACCCUUGCCUGAGGAAGAACAAUGGGGCCACUCCCUUCAUCAUCGCAGCGAUCGUGGGAAAUGUGAAGCUGCUUGAACUUUUCCUUUCUAAAGGAGCAGACGUCGAUGAGUGUGAUUUUCAUGGCUUCACGGCUUUCAUGGAAGCCGCUGAGUACGGUAUGGUUGAAGCCUUGAGAUUCCUUCACGGGAGUGGUGCAGAGGUAAAUCUGCGUAGAAAGACAAAGAAGGAUCAAGAGCGGCUUGGGAAAGGAGGGGCCACGGCGCUCAUGGACGCUGCUGAACAAGGCCACGUAGAUAUUGUGAGGAUUCUUUUGGAUGAGAUGGGGGCAGAUGUCAACGCCCGAGACAAUAUGGGCAGAAAUGCCUUGAUCCGAGCGCUUAUGAACCCUCGGGAUAGGAACGUGGAGGCUAUUACCCGCCUGCUGCUGGACCAUGGUGUUGAUGUUAAUGUGAGGGGAGACAAAGGGAAGACACCCCUGAUCCUGGCAGUGGAAAAGAGUAACUUGGGUGUGGUAAAGAUGCUUCUGCAGCAAGAGCACAUAGAGAUUGAUGACACAGACAGCGAAGGCAAAACCGCGCUGCUGGUGGCUGUUGAACUCAAACUGAGUGAAAUCGCCCAGUUGCUGUGUAACAAAGGAGCCAGCACAGAUUGCGGGGAUCUUGUCAUGAUGGCCAGGAGGAAUUAUGACGUUUCCCUCGUAGAGUUUCUUCUCGCUCACGGAGCUAGCGAACAUUUUCACCCUCCCGCUGAAGACUGGAAGCCUCAGAGUUCACGCUGGAGCACAGCUCUGAAAAAUCUCCACAGAAUAUACCGCCCUAAGAUUGGCAAACUCAAGAUCUUUAUAUUUGAUGAAAAAUAUAAAAUCGCAGACACUUCUGAAGGGGGCAUCUACCUGGGGAUUUACGAGGAGCAAGAGGUGGCUGUGAAGACAUUCUGUGAGGGCAGCACGCGUGCACAAAAGGAAGUCUCCUGUCUGCAGAGCAGCCGAGAGAACAGUCACUUGGUGUCAUUCUACGGGAGUGAAAGCCACAGGGGCUGCUUGUACGUGUGUGUCACCCUCUGUGAACAGACUCUGGAAGCGUGCUUGGAUGUGCACAGAAAGGAAGCUGUGGAAGUUAAGGAAGAUGAGUUUGCCCGAAAUGUCCUCCUGUCUAUAUUUAAGGCUGUUCGAGAACUACACUCAUCAUGUGGGUACACUCACCAGGAUCUGCAGCCACAAAACAUCUUACUAGAUUCUAAGAAUGCUGUUCGGCUGGCAGACUUUGAUAAGAGCAUCAAAUGGGUUGGAGAUCCACAGGAAAUCAGGAGAGAUCUAGAGGUCCUUGGACGGCUGGUCCUGUAUGUGGUCAAGAAGGAAGACAUCUCGUUUGAGAAGCUAAAGGCUCAAAGUAAUGAAGAAGUGGUUUUACUUUCUCCAGAUGAGGAAACAAAAGACCUCAUUCACCAUCUGUUCCACCCUGGGGAAAAUGUGAGGGACUGUCUCAGUGACUUGCUGGGUCAUCCUUUCUUUUGGUCUUGGGAGAGCCGCUAUAGGACACUUAGGAAUGUGGGAAAUGAAUCGGACAUCAAAAUGCGAAAGUCUGAAAGUGAGAUCCUCAAAUUACUGGAACCUGGAGCAUCUGAACAUCCCCAUAGUUUUGCCAAGUGGACUAAAAAGAUUGAGAAAUGUGUUAUGAAAAAAAUGAAUGAGUUCUAUGCGGAGACUGGAAAUUUCUACCGUAAUACUGUGGGUGAUCUGCUAAAGUUCAUUAGGAAUAUAGGAGAACACAUUGAUGAAAAAAGGAACAAAAAGAUAAAGCCAAUAAUUGGAGACCCUUCCUGGUAUUUUCAGAAUAAAUUUCCAGAUCUGGUGGUCUAUAUCUAUACAAAACUACAGAACACAGAAUACAAGAAGCAUUUCCCUGAAACCCAAAGUCCAAACAAGCCUCAGUGUGACGGAGAUGGCAGGGCCAGCGGGCUGGCCACUGCCACGUGCUAAGUCCUCUAAGUUCAGGGAGCCACUUACUAGCUGAGGAGGCCUUGCUUGGCAGCUAGUAACUCUCUGGGCCUCUUUUUUUGCAGUUUUUGGCUGGGGCUGGGUUUGAACCCACCACCUCUGGUAUCUGGGGCCAGUGCCCUACUCCUUGGAGCCACAGGCACCACCCAUAAUCGUUUUAAUAAACACAUUUUUCUUUUCUUUUCUUUGUUUUUUGGAGACAGAUUGUCACUGUUGCCCUCGGUAGAGUGCUGUGGUGUCACAGCUCACAGCAACCUCCAGCUCUUGGGCUUAGGUGAUUCUCUUGCCUCAGCCUCCAAAGUAGCUGAGACUAGAGGCGCCCACCACAAUGCCCAGCUAUUUUUUUGUUGCAGUUUGGCCAUGACUGGGUUUGAACAUGCCACCCUCGGUACAUGGGGCUGGUGCCCUACUCUCUGGGCCUCUUAAUUUAACCUGGUUGCUUAUGAAGGAUGAGUUGGGUAGCUGAUGUGCCAGUCCUUGGCAGAGUGCCUGCUACAUGUCUCUAACAAAAGGAGUAUAUACCCAGAUGACACCAGUCAAUUUUACUGGGAAAAGCUUAUGUGCAGGAAGUGGGAAGCCAUUCUGCUAAGAUUCUUCUUGUCAAUUGCACCACAGGAGUGAGUGUCUAGGCCCCUAAUGCUGAGUGUUUCAUAGUUACCUCAUUUAAUUCUCCCAGUGAGCUUGCAAAACAGGGUUUAUCAUCCCCUAUUAACAACUGAGGAACCUGAGACUCAGACAGUUUGAGCUACCGGCCCAAAUCAUGCAACUUGUACAGAGCACUGUAUAAAUAGACAUGGUGUUAUUGUUACCUCUCACGUGGGCACCUUGGAACUUCAUUAGCAACCCAGAGAAAUUCUGGAUGGAAUCCAAAAGGGGUAUGCCAAAGGAGCCUUUGCCUAGAAGGCUUAUUCAUUCAUUCAAUAUUUAUUGAGCACUUAGUUGCAUGAAUUUCAUUCCUUCUAGAACCACUGGCACUACUUUUCCAUGAUCUUAAGGCAGUAGUUCUUAAAUGACAAUCUGUGAGGCAUUCUCAAUAAAGCUUUGAAUCAUCACAUUCAGUCUGACUUUCUUUGAGUGACAUUUCCACUUUAGAGAGUAGUAUUAAUAAUAUAUACAAUGGAAAAUACUCAAUAAGUAAUUCCUGGGUAGUUUUCAAGAAAGGACGUCCUGCUCCCUAAAAGUGGGGAAAGGAGCUAUUUUGGGGCCUCAUUCUGGAACAAUGUGGGCCCUGGGUUUCUUUGUAGACAGAGAAGGAAGGUACUGAUCAUUUCCCCCUCUGCUUGAAUUCUCUGAGAGUUUCUGUUGACAUUCCAUAAGUAUUUCUCAUUCAGUUGUCAUUACCACAGACAUUUUAUUGAGCAGGUAGCUCAUCUGAGGUACUGUGUCAGGCAAGGUGACUCUGUACCGGGGCUUGCCAAGUGUAAGUGGCAGUUACACAGAGAAGAGAGGAGGUUGCCCACUCCUAAUGUACUGGACGGGCAACACAGGUGAGAUGAUGAUAGUAAAAGUAAUAACACUACUAUUUACGGAGCACCUACUGUUUUUUAGCACCUAACUAGCUUUUCCAUAUGGCAUCCAGCAAUGUCCAUGGUGCUAUAAGAUGUGGUUGUUCCCAUUUUGUAGAAGAGGCAGCUAAGUCCUAGAUCGGAUUGGUAAAUUCCCCAAGUUCGCACAGGUAGUAAGCAGAAGAGCCGGGAUGUAAACCCAGAUUAGUGAGUCAUACUGUUGGGUGUGGUCUGUCUCUAGUUCUUGAAACUGUCUUUAGCAUCCUCAAUUCUGCCCUCACCUGCUUUUCUUCCCAUUGGUUGCUUCUCUGCAAUGUCCUUUGUCAGUGCCUUCUCAGCCCAGCCACUAAAAACUGAAUGCCCCUAGACUAAUCCUCAAGCAAUUCUCUCUUUUCUCCUUCUCCCCAGUUGGUCUCUUUGAAUCCCAAGACUAAUUUCACCAUAAAUAGGCAGAGGAUACCCAGAUUGUGAAAGUUAGCAUCCAACUAAUUGCCUCCAAAUUAUCAGUGUUGUUUGAUUUUUUUCAUACACUUCCAUCCAGUCUAUUUACAAGUCCUGCCGGUUCUGCCGCCAAAACAGAUCCGAGAUCACGUCACAACCCUUCUUCUCCACUGCCUGGCUCAACCCACCAUGGUUUCUCAUUUGGAGCGAAACAUUGGCCUCAUCACUGACUCUUGUACUUCCGUACUUGUCCUCCCCAAAUUAAUCCUCUAUAAAAAAUGUGAAUCAGAUCAGGGCACUGACUUCCCUGCUUAAGGUCCUCCAAUGGCUUCUCAUUGCAGUGAGGGGAAAAUCUAAACUGUUUACCGUCACGUACAUGAACUGGCCAAGUCCACAACUACAUUGCCUUUCGCUUGCCUGUCUUGCAGGCUUAACCUCCAUCCACACGGCCUCAUCUGUGUUCAAGAGUGCCAAGACCGCUGCCUUCUCAGGGCCACAGGCCUUGCCAUUCCUCUGCCUGGAGUGUCGUCCUGCCAGAUUUGGUGUGCUAGUUCCUUCGCAUCUUCUAGGCCUCAGCUGCAUCCUUCCUUCCUUUAUCCAAAGUUGUUCCCAACUCUGAUUUUUUUAACAUCAUAGCAGCAAUCGCUAUCUGAAAUUAUCAAAUUGACUUGUUCAUGUGUUUUUAAAAAGCUUAUCCCUUACCAUGAUGAGAACACAAGUUCCAUGACAGCAAUCAUGCUAUCUGUCUUAUUCACCCUCAUAUCCAAUCUAGCGAAGGGUCUGGAACAAAGCACGUUUCAACUAAUAUUUAUUGAGUGGAGAAACAAAUACUUUUGAGGUUGCAGCGUGUCGCUGAAUCAUAAUUAUCUAGUUAUAAGCCAGUGUCUUUCUUUAAAAUGUGAGCAUCUUAAAGGUCACGAGUUUUUUUGUUAAUUCCUUGUGUUCGUCGCAGAAUAGGUGUUCAAGGGAAUCUGUUGCAUUAAUUUAGUUGAUUACUCCUUACUAUGGAACUCUGGCCUAGUAACGUGGGUCUCUCAAAGAACAAAGAGCUUUAAGGAUCUCUUUAAAAAUAUUUGAAAGUCGGCAUUCCAGGCCUCAAGUCAGGUGGUAGGAAGGGAUAUUUGGAUACUUUCUGGUAUUCCUCAUAUCACUUUAUGUAGGCAUUUACCCGUAAAAGUAGCGGCUCUCAGGUCCUUCCUGCUCCCUGGUCUGUGGAGCAUCCAAGAAGCCCUGUGGCCAGGCUCGUGAACUCAGAGUCAGUAGUUCUUCCCCCCAGCCCAAAUCUCACCUAAGUUUCAGUUUUCAGAAUACAUUGUUUUGGUCUGGUGCCACUGUGCUCUUGUUUGAGGCAAAUCUCUACUCCAUGUGCCUCAUUCAGCAGCAGGUAGCAUAUUUGCACCUGUCUCUCCAACCAGCCUGGAAGGGCAGAGGUCACAUCCCAGUGACUCACAUGGUAUCCAGCAUGUUAUAAGUGCAUAGAACACAUUUCUUGAAUUCACUGGAAUUGAGUGGAACUUUCAAAUUGGAUUUUUGGUGGGUUUCUGCUGGAGCUGCAGCCUGGGAGAGAGGUAAAUCUUAGAGCUGAGCCCUAAGGCAGCUCUCCUCUUCCCCACCCUGGUCUCUUUAGGAUGCAGUGGGGUCUGAAGAUGCUCUGGAUAAAGGACAGCAGAACCUCUCCCUCUGGAAGAGAGCCUGAUAUUUACUCCCCGCCCCCCAUGAUAUUUUCUCUCAGGAUUGCCUAAGUGCCCUGGCACAUACCACACACUCGAUUUUACUUGUUGCUGUUCCUAAUUGCUGUGUAUACUGACUGUGUCCCUCCCAAAUUCAUACACUGAAGGCCUAGCCCCGAAUAUGGUAGUAUUUGGAGACAGGGCUUUUGGGAAAUAAUUAGAGUUAGAUGAAGGAAGUUAUGAGGGUGGACCCACAUGAUGGCAUUCACGACCUUGAAAGGAAAGGAGUGAGGAGAGAGAGGGCUCUUUUUUCUCUCUCACUGCCACAUGGUCACAUGGUGAGAAGGAGGACAUCUGCAAGCCACCAAGAGAGUCCCACCAGGAGCCAAAUGGUCCAAACUGGUAAGACAAUCACCUGGCGUAUGUUCAGCUGCAACAAGUGUUUAUGCUCUUCCUCUUGUUUGUCAUGGAAACAGAAAUGCUAAAAAAAAAACUGGUGCAAACUCUUAUCUCCUCCACAGCACUUUUCUUUCUUUUUUUUUCUGAGAUAAGAUCUCACUUUGUCACCUUUGGUAGGAUGCCCUGGCAUCAUAGCUCACAGCAACUUCAAACUCUUGGGCUCACAAAAUCCUCUUGCCUCAGCCUCCUAAGUAGCUGGGACUACAGGCACCCACCACAACCCCCGGUUAUUUUUAGAGAUGGAGUUUUGCUCUAGCUCAGGCUGAUCUCUGACUCCUGAGCUCAGGCAAUACACCUGCCUCAGCCUCAGAGUGCCAGGAUUACGGGUGUGAGCUACCAGCCUGGCCCUCCACAGUGCUUUUCAUUGAUGAAUCUUCUAACUGCUUUAUGAUCUGUUUGCUUAGACUAAGGUCAAAAGAUGGUGCUGUCAACAGGGAGAAGUGAGUAGGGGAAAAACAGGAGAACUGGAUUUUUUUUAGGCUCUAAACGUUAACAAGAUUAGAUGUUAAUAAUAUUUACUUUUUAUUAUUUUUAAGGAAUCAAAUACAGUAACAUUACUGUUAGCCACUAAUACUGGCCUAUAAACAUUUAACACAAGACCCACAUCACAAAAUAUCAAAGCUGCAGGUACUGGCGUGGAUGUGGAGAGACGGGAACACUUUUACACUGCUGGUGGGACUGCAAACUAAUACAAUCUUCUAUUUGAAAGGAAGUAUGGAGAAUCCUCAAAGAACUCAAACUAGACCUCCCAUUUGAUCCUGAAGUCCCAUUACUGGGCAUCUACCCAGAAGAAAAAAAUCCUUUAGUCUUAAGGACAUUUGUAUUAGACUGUUUACUGCUGCUAAACUUAUAGUUGCCAAAUUGUGGAAACAACCUAAAUGCCCACCAACCCAGGAAUGGAUUAACAAGCUGUAAUAUCUAUCUAUCAUGGAAUACUAUUCAGCCACAAAAAGAUGGUAACUUUACGUCUUUUGUAUUAACCUGGAUGGAGUUGAAACACAUUCUUCAAGAAUGGAGAAGCAAGAAUCCAAUCUACUCAAUUCUGAUAUGAGGACAAUUGAUGACCUAGUACACGGUGGGGGUGGGGAAAGGGGCGUGAAGAGAGGGAAAGUGUGGCACACCUCUUGGGUAUGGGACACAAUUAUAAGAGAAAAAAAUUAAAAAUAAAAAAAAUUGUAAGAGGGACUUUAACAAAUGCAAGCAGUGUAACCUGGUUCUUUGUACCCUCAAUGAAACUCCAAUGAU